AUGCGAUCAUUCAAUGAUGAAAUGAAUAAGAAAGACAUAUUUGUAAGAUUGCUGUCCGCAGUCCUUGAUCUCGCUAUUUUUGUCACAAAAGCAUCGUUCUAUGUGACCGAUAUGCGUAACUCCAACGCUCUUUUUUUCUACUCCAAAGUUGUUUGGAAACAAAUCGAAAAUCAUGGUUUCUCCGAGUUAAAAAAGUUGUUAAAAUUGUCGGAAACCGAAAAAGAAGGACAAACUUCAUUUCAUUUGGAUGAAAAUGAUGCCAAAUGUUCCAUCUUUAAUGUGCGAUUUAUUCCCAGUGGCAAUAAAGUUCGCGCAAUUAUGGUGCCUUCUAAUUCUCGAACUUACAAGCACCAAAAAGAACGACGUUUUUUUGAAGAUUUAUUUUCAAAAUAUGCAAAACAGAAUCGCAAAAAAAAAAUUUAUUCUGUUCGAACAGAUCUAAGACAAUGCUUUGAUCAUAUGGAUCAUGUCCUGUUAAAAGGAAUUAUUUCAAAUAUUAUUGAUUGCGAAAGAUUGCCUAUCGUGGAAAAGUGUACACAGCCAGUUGCGUUUUUGGAACAAAUCUUAAAUGGCAUUGAUAAUUACAAUAUGGUCGCAGAUCCUCUGAAAACAGUUAUUAAUUUUAAGUCUAAUUUAAAUUAUCCAUUCAAAUUUAUUCAUAUGAAUGGUUAUAUAACGUGGAACGGCUACGAUAUUUUUCCAGCUGUUUUAAAGAUAUCUGCGUCACAGUCUAAUUCUAAAACUUCAGUUGUUCCACCUUUCAAACUCUAUCUCAGCUCUUAUGAAAAGAGAUUAACGAUUCGUAAAAUUGUUAGGGCGGCGGUGUCUCAAAGAUAUUUUAUUCUUGUACGAUUGAGCUUCGGCAUAUGGAAGACAGUGGUUUUGAAAAAGCUAAGCUGGAUUGCUUAUGAUUUGUAUAUUCAGCCUCUUGCUAAAAAGCUCAAUCUUAAUCCUAAGGCUUAUUGGAAUCGACUAUUUAUGAAACAUAUCAGAAAAUGGAUACAGCAAGGAUUCAAACAAAAAUCUAAUCCAAAAUUAACUUAUCUCUUCAAUCUUUGA